UAUCUAUCUAUCUAUCUAUCUAUCUAUCUAUCUAUCUAUCUAUCUAUCUAUCUAUCUAUCUAUCUAUCUAUCUAUCUAUCUAUAAAAUGAUGAUAUAUUAGUUUAUCUAAUAACAACACACUAGCUAAACAAAUGUAGAUCGACUUCUCCGAAACACGACAUUUGAGCUUUCAGGGUUACCGUAGUUCCCCUGUGGUGCGAGCACAGCGCGACGGUUCCAAGCCUGCAACAAGCACGCGCCUUUUUUGCCGCGUGAGCGGCAAGGAGACGCUGGGGAAACCGUAUCUGAUGGGGAAACGCGAAUCAACGUAACACCGGCAACUUGAUGACCAGAGCUCAUUGUUGCUGUUCUGUCGUCGAUUUGGGUAAGACUUUUGCAUGCAUUGUUGAAUUUUCUAUUAUUUUUAUUAUAUACGAUAUAAUUAGCCUGUUUGUUGCCGCUAAAGUUGUCCGUAGUUGGCUAAAGCAGUCCAGUUGACAAUCUGUCAGGUUCAUAUUAAUGCAAUUUAAAACAAAUGUAAUGCUUUACCAUCUCAACAAAUACAACUUAGCAUGUGUUGCUACCAUGUUCAUCCAAGAGUAAAAAGAAAAUUAUUUAUUUUAUAGGGAAACACCAUAAAAUCUAAAAGGAUAUGUGUUUAUUUUUAUUUUAUUUCAGUGCUGAUAUCAAGCCCUGGCUGUUAGUAUGAAUAGGUGUUUUAUAUUGUGUUGCAUACAUGUCUUUGUAAUCCACCCUUUUGGGUACUUGCUGUGAUGAGUUUAUGUAAAUGCAAUAUGAAUAAAAUUGCUUAUCUGUCAAUACAGAAAAUGUCUAAACAAAACUCCAAAAGCCACAAGGCUAUGGAUGAUAACGAGUGGUUCUCUAGACUGAGGUCUUUUGCCUCCACUGGUGUCUGGCCAUCAGAUGCAGGUAACCGACCUGCCUCAAGGCAACAGAAGUGGUACACUCUGUAUCAGAAGAUAGAGAAGUGCCCACUACUGCUGAGAGGCCAGCUGACACUUUUCUCCCAGCCACAAGGGUGUUUGUGUGGGUUUCAUCUUCCUAAGGUCUGUUCCACAGCAGAGGAAAAGGAUUAGCAGGUGCCUACAGCCUCAUCUAGACCCACAAGCAGUGCAGCCCAAUCAACUAACAGUCAAAGUAGUUCCAUAAUGGUAGGUGAAUGUUAUUGCUUUAUGUGAAUGAGAAUUCAUAAUGGCAAUAACCUGUAUUUGUGUCAUAUUUCAGCUCCAGACUGCUACUCCAGUCAAAUACCCCACAGGUUACAGCACACCUGGAACUCUGGCAAAAAGGCCAAAACUCACCCUUUCUUCAUUUGAAAGGUCCAGAUUUGGUGGCAGGCAUGUGGAGAAUGCAAAGCCAAAUAUAAAUGUUGCACGAAAAACUCAUACGAAUGCAACACGUGCUUGUACAAGUACAGCAGCCCAUUCUUGUGCGGAUCCAGUGCCAGCUGGUGGUUCUCUUCACAACAUCUCUCCACCACAGCCUCAAAGUGCAGAUACCUUUUUUCUUGCUCCUCCAUUACCGGCUCCCAAACGACAACGGCCAGUGGAGGAGCAGAGUUCAGGAGUAAAUGCAAACCCAUUCCAGCCUGCGUCCUCCGCUGUGGUACAAUCCACUCACCUACCGGGGCUCCAGCCUGCGUCGUCUGCUGUGGUCCAGUCCACUGUUUCGUUGGGGUUACCUGGGCAAACUACAUCUUCAGAGCAAGUUGUCGUGGAUGAACACAAUAGGGCAGGAAUGGAUCGUGUUGAUGUGCUUGCGGAGUACUUGGUGGAGCUACGAAAGGAAAAAGGCCUAACUCUUACCAACCAGCAGGCCAACACCAUUGUGGGUCUUUGGCAUAAAUUGGAGCAAAAAGAUAAAGACCGGAUUUUGUAUGCUGCACGACAUCAGGAACGACUGCUCACUGGUCGAUUUAGGUCACCCAAAAAGAAGGCUGUUUAUGCAGGAGUUGAAAGCACAAAAAGGUGUGUACUUGGUUCUUCUGGUUCUGGUGCUCAAUGGCCAGAUUGCAGCCGACUUAUUGAAAUGAUCUUUAUCAGGUUGUGCAACAUUCAUAGUAGCCCCAAAAAAAUUGGACACCAAACGUUUUCUAGGUGGUCACAAAUUCUAAAUGAUUACAAAACAAUUUGACAGCUAAUUUUGAACAAUGGCAUUAUUAUGAAAGACACAACCCUGCAACUUGUCGCUGUAAACCAGACCACCUUAAUACAGUGGCAUAACAAAAGAUUUAAAGCACAAGAUGUUGCCAUUCUGAUGCAAGGGCUGGUACUGCCUCAGGAAUGGCCCAUUGCCAGUGAACCACUGCUCCCAGUAAAUGCUAGGCCCACUCAACUCACACCACACAAACAUGAACACACACAAACAUGAACACACUUACAACCUGCCACCUGACACCACUGGCCAGGCAAAAACAAAACUCACUGUCAGAGACAGAGCUGAGCUGAAAACCAUUCAGCCAAAACCCCCUGCAUCUCAGCCAACAGUUUUUUAUAUGCCACUCCACAUGCCAUCUA